AUGGCGGAUCUCCCCGCGCAUGCCUCCCCGAAACUCGCCCCGCACUCUCCUCCUGCCAGCCAAACCGAGGCUCUAUCAGACAAUGCCAGCCAGGGAAGUGGGAUUGCAACGGGUGAGCAGACUCCCGCGUUGCCGGACUCAUUCCUGUCACCUGCGUUCACCCCGCCCGUAACUCCCGGCGGUUCAUUGGACCUCGCCACCAACCCCACAGAGGCCCUUCAUCAGCGUCAAGCUGCCGCGAUCCAGCACCAGGAAGAACACACAAAGGCGCCGAAGUUGCUGGAGGAGCUUCCGCGGGUAGAAUGUAUCGUGCGGGCACGGAUUCCAACCUCCAACGGCGCCGAGAUGUUCCUGCACCUCUACCACAAUGACUUGGAUAAUAAAGAGCACUUGGCUAUCGUGUUCGGAAACAACAUUCGCAGUCGCAGUCUCGACCGCGUGCACCCGGGGGAGACCGAGAUGGACCGAAUGAUCCGAGGCGCGUACGUGGGGAAGUUGCACCCGGGUCGCGUCAGCAGCUGGUAUGAUGACGAGAAAACGGGGUCUAAUUCAUCGCCGCGCCAUGUCGAGCCGCCGCUGGUGCGCAUUCACUCCGAGUGUUAUACAGGAGAGACGGUGUGGUCGGCCCGGUGCGACUGCGGUGAGCAGCUGGAUGAAGCGGCGCGGUUGAUGUCCUUCCCCGUGGAGAAUUUGUCGUCCGAUGCACCACCGGAGCUGCAGUCUCUACGAUCCCACUCUGCGGGUGGUGUAAUUAUCUAUCUACGACAGGAGGGCCGAGGAAUUGGCCUCGGUGAGAAGUUGAAGGCAUAUAAUUUGCAGGAUCUUGGAUCGGAUACCGUCGAGGCCAAUCUCUUGCUGCGACAUCCGGCAGAUGCCCGAAGCUAUGGUUUGGCCACGGCCAUGUUGGUGGAUCUGGAUUGUGGAGCGGACAGUAAUCCGGAGGGCAUUCGCCUACUCACAAAUAACCCCGAUAAAGUACGGGCAAUUGAAGGGCCAAACCGAGAAGUGGUGGUGAAGGAGAGAGUUCCUAUGAUUCCUCUAGCCUGGCGGACCGGCGGUGAACGGGGUAUCAAGAGCUCCGAGAUCGAAGGCUACUUACAGACAAAGAUCUCGAAGAUGGGCCAUAUGAUUCAAUAA